GCAUCAGAGGCUAGCGUUUGUCAGUUUGAAUUUGUACAGGGAACGUUACUCAUCUCAGUACAAAGUCGUUUAGGCCUUAGCCCUUGAAAAGAAGUGAGACUGAAAAAAAGAAAAUGAGGGAGUGUAUUUCUAUUCAUGUUGGACAAGCUGGUGUGCAGAUUGGAAAUGCAUGUUGGGAGCUGUACUGUUUGGAACAUGGAAUUCAGCCUGAUGGACAGAUGCCAAGUGACAAAACCAUUGGUGGGGGUGACGACUCCUUCAACACGUUCUUCAGCGAAACUGGUGCUGGAAAGCAUGUCCCAAGAGCAGUGUUUGUUGACUUGGAGCCAACUGUUGUCGACGAGGUGAGGACUGGAACAUACCGCCAACUAUUUCAUCCAGAGCAGCUCAUCACUGGAAAAGAAGAUGCUGCUAACAACUACGCCCGAGGUCACUACACCAUUGGCAAAGAGAUCGUUGAUCUAGUGUUGGAUAGGAUUAGGAAACUGGCUGACCAAUGUACUGGACUUCAAGGAUUCCUCAUUUUCCACAGCUUUGGUGGUGGCACUGGUUCUGGAUUUGCUUCCCUUUUGAUGGAAAGGUUGUCAGUUGACUAUGGAAAGAAGUCCAAGCUUGAGUUUGCCAUUUACCCAGCCCCUCAGGUGUCAACAGCUGUAGUUGAACCAUACAACUCUAUCUUGACAACCCAUACAACCCUGGAACACUCCGACUGUGCUUUCAUGGUGGACAAUGAAGCUAUCUAUGAUAUCUGCAGGAGAAAUCUUGACAUUGAACGUCCUACAUAUACCAACUUAAACAGGCUGAUUGGACAAAUUGUCAGCUCAAUCACGGCCUCACUUCGUUUCGACGGUGCCCUAAAUGUAGACCUGACAGAGUUCCAGACAAACUUGGUACCAUACCCGCGUAUUCAUUUCCCUCUGGUGACCUAUGCCCCUGUCAUCUCUGCUGAGAAGGCCUACCAUGAGCAGUUGUCUGUUGCAGAGAUCACCAAUGCCUGCUUCGAGCCAGCUAACCAGAUGGUGAAGUGUGACCCCCGUCACGGAAAAUACAUGGCCUGCUGCAUGUUGUACAGAGGUGAUGUUGUACCAAAAGAUGUCAACGCUGCCAUUGCCACCAUCAAGACCAAGAGGACCAUCCAGUUCGUUGACUGGUGCCCAACAGGAUUCAAGGUUGGAAUCAACUAUCAACCACCCACCGUUGUACCAGGUGGUGAUUUGGCUAAGGUGCAGCGUGCUGUCUGCAUGCUGAGCAACACCACGGCUAUUGCUGAGGCAUGGGCGCGUCUUGACCACAAAUUUGAUUUGAUGUACGCCAAGCGUGCAUUUGUCCACUGGUAUGUGGGAGAGGGUAUGGAAGAAGGAGAGUUUUCCGAGGCUCGUGAGGAUUUAGCUGCCCUUGAGAAGGACUACGAGGAAGUUGGUGUGGACUCUGUUGAGGGAGAAGCUGAGGAGGAGGGAGGCGACGAGUAUUAGACAUGACGUCUCAUCAACCAUGAACGUUUGAUCAGUUCAACAUCGGACCUGAUUAAAUAGGAAGGCAUCCAAAAUCAUUAAAAGACUAUAUUUUAAAGACGUAGGUUCAGACUUUGAUUAUCAAUUUGACACACAAAAUACUUUGAUAUAUAAAUGUGUGCUAUGGUUUUUUUUCUCCCAAAAAAUCCUGUUAAGUUACAAAAAAUAUUUAUUAAAACCAAUUUUUU